AUGAAGAUCUUCCCAUCACCUGAAUCAGACUCCUUACAAGUUUGCACAGUGACCAAUCAUCGUAACUUAACUUUGCAUGUUAUGAUGGAAAGGAGUGAGAUGAAGGAUUUGGGUGUGAGGGCAGUAGAUUUGCAGGAUUUCUGGAUGGUGCGGUGUUGGCGUGGAACAUUAAAACAACCUUUUGGUAUAAAACUGUUCUGGAAUAUUCAUCAUGCACAUCCGCGAUUUCUCAACAAAACAGUUCUCGUUGUCAACAAUGAUGUCACAGCAGCUUUUCAUUUGCUUAACAGAUUAAUGAACAAUGAAGGUCUAUUGGAUAUUUUACGAAAAACACGAUAUUAUCGAAAACCGUAUAUGCAACGGAAUGAAUUGUCGAGAGAAAUCUCAAAAGCAAUCAUCAAUGAAGACAUCCGGAGGAAAAUACAAUUUUUGAUGCGGAAAAAUCGACCCGAUCCAUAUCCAGGCCAAAUGACUACAUGA